AUGAUUCGAGAUUUGGAGGAUAUAUCCACGGACUUGACGAGAACAUCGGCCUCCAUCAAGUUAUACCAGGAAACUGGGUUUGACAAGUACCGGCAGGAGGCUCUUGAACAUGCCCCCAGGCUUGUGAGAAGCCUGGAGAAACCAGCUGAUGCAAUCUAUAAGUUGUUCCUCCAGCCAUCGGUGCUCAUGGCUGUCAAAACUGCGCAUGACCUUGGGAUUUUCACCAUGUUAUCUCAAACAAAUAGCUUCGUCACUUGUGGGCAGAUGGCUGCUCUCAAGAGCGAAUUAUGCGUGUCCUUGUAUGCAACGGCUUCGCCAAAGAGCGAGUUCAUGGAGGGAACGCGAGCAAACACCCCCCAUUGGGCGGACUGGUUCCCUGUUCAAGAGAGGAUCCUUGAUGGGGCUCUGACCGACCGCCCAUUGCUGGUUGAUAUCGGUGGGGGCCGUGGCCAUGAUUUGGCUGGGUUCAAGGAUCGGUUCCCAUCCGUGACCGGGAAGCUGAUCCUGGAAGAUUUGCCUCCCGUCAUUGAAGAUAUUCAAGACCUCAGCAAGGAUAUACGAAGAAUCAAACAUGAUUUUUUUAUACCCCAACCCAUCAAAGGCUGGUCGGCCUUCACCGUUUUCCUUCCUUCCUUUAUCGUCUGGCCUUUUACUAGGCGCAUUCUAAACCACAUUACUGCUGCUAUGGAGAAGGGCUACUCUAAGCUUCUUCUUGAAGAUUAUAUUGUUCCUGACCAAAAUGCCGGUGCCCGAGAGACCUUACUCGAUAUGACGGUUAUGAUUUGGUGUCCGGGAAUUGAACGGACUCGCCGGCAAUGGACAGAGCUUCUGGAAUCUGUCGGACUAGUGAUCAGGAACUUCUGGCUACCAGAGGGAUGCCAAGGGCGUUAUCGAAGCCGAACUCCUCGACGCAAGAGGUAUUUAACUUGGGGCUUUGGUGACUAG